AUGAAGAGACAUUCGCAAGGACUGACAGAACUGACUACAAAGAUCGAUCAAUUCGAGGCUCGAUUGCGAAAUUUCGAGCAGAAAACUCAGACUAAUGCUCCGCCUGUCCAUUUCAAUCAUACCGUGAGUGCUGCGGAACCGGAACUGUCCUUGGACGAGGACUUGGCUCCACGGUCAUCUCGAAAACCCGAUCUGGAAGAUCAUCGCACCGCUCCACACAAGUUAUUGCUCUUAUGGCCGAGCGUCCGCCCGCUUCUCAAGCGAGCCGGCGUGAACUGCAACGACGCGUACGUGAUGGAAGCAGAGGACCGCGGCGUGGUGCGAUUAUGGCCUCAAGGAGAGGGCAUCGAUGCGUAUGAUGGCACCCAGCCCGGAGGUCACGCAAGUCCUGCUCAGGGCGACGCAAGUGGCGACGCUGCGUACCACAGGACUCUUACUGAAGGUAUGCGGGGAAUGGGGUCCCCUUCGACAUCGAGUGGCAAUGCAGGCAGAUCUGAGCCGUAUGGCGUGGGCGGACUCAAUGCCGAUGGCCACCUGGACCUCGAUGCCCAGACGGUCCUCUCGCUGUACAAGAGCUACAUGCGUAACAUUCACGUCAUGCAUCCGUUCCUGGACAAACGGCAACUAGACUCAAUGUUCGACAAAUUCAUCAGGAGAUACAGCAGCAGGCGGCCGCAGGCUGCGCGGGCGGUUGGCAACGACGACAACGAGCGUCUUCUGAAAAGGCAACGCUCGAAUACAUCCGGAGCAGCGCGCAACAUUGGCGGCGGUUCAGGCUCUGAACCGGACUUGCCCAGAGAGGCCGUCAUGGAGAGAUCUCCCUCAAACGCUAUCAUCUACCUCGUCAUGGCAUUGGGAAAAAUCUGCCAGCAUAAGGACGCGUUGCCCUCGAUCGUCCCUGACAGUCAGUUGGAAGAAAAGAUCGUCGUGCAUCAGAUAUCUGGUAGCCGGGGCUCCGCGGGCAGUUCACCUGUGUCGGCAAAUAUGGAGCCACCUCCCGUGUCGCCGACAUCGACGUCGACAUCGCAGACCACUUCCCCCUCAGAUGGCACCGUUCUUAUGCUAGACCUACGAAGUCCCCGUGCCUCCUUAAAGGGCUUCUCCACUACAUUCCGUCCUCGCAAUCUGGACGUUAUACCCGGCAUGGCCUAUUACGCAGAAGCCGCGGAAAUCAUGGGCGACCAGGGCGACGGCAAUGAUCUUCUCCACGCACAAAUGUUCCUCUUGGCGGGACUUUAUAAAGGUCAGUUAGCUCGAGUCAAAGAGAGUAUGAGCUGGAUUACCAUGGCAGGCCGUGCUAUCCUCAUACUCCUCGAUCGCUACAAGCUAUAUAAAGACAAUUACUGGGUUAUUUUGAUCGUGCUUGCAUCAUGGACAUGUUUACAGCUGGAAAGCGACAUUCUUGCUGAGUUAAAACUUCCAGCUAGCGGCAUUCAGAACAUUGAACAUCGUCUCCUAAUGCCUCACAAGGUGAACGAGAAUGAGUCGUACACUGGAAUUCACUCCGACGGUAGCCUCAAACACGAAAAUGUGCUCAUCUUCUAUUCUGCACAAUUGUUCCUGCGACGGAGGCUGAAUCAGGUGCACCGCGAGCUGUUCGGCAACGACUCGCUUGAGAAACCACUGAAAGAGGUGCAAGAAAUGCUCAGGAGCCAUGAUUCCAUUCUCGAGCAAUGGCGAGAGGCUCUCCCCGACUCCCUGAAAUGGCACGACGAAGAUGCGGCAGCGAAAGACAUAUUGGCGGCGCGUCUACGUGCAAAGUACUGGGGAACGCGUUACAUUAUUAACCGACCUUUCCUGGACUAUGCGCUUCACAUCAUGCCGUAUGUGCGCGACAAUGCUCAAAAUGUGGAAGAGGCUGCUCGAGAUGGCUAUGGCAACCCUCGCGACAAGGCAGAUAUUCACAUUUUCAGAGCCAUCCAGCAGUUUCCAGAUCAAGAAAUCUGGGCCGCUGCCAAACGUUGCAUCGAUGCGGCGAUGCAAAGCACUGUCGCCUUUGAUGGCAUUCCUGGUCGGCUAAUUGUUACCAACAUUCACGGGACGGCGCAUGCACAAUUCGGCAACAUGUUGGUGCUAUCUGCGGUGCAUGACAACAGGUACAUGGGGCCUCUCGUAGACGGCGCAAAAUUCCGAACACUUUUGGAACGCACCAUCGGCUUCUUGCGCCGCCUUUCACCGAUCUCACCGACAGCUCACGUCGACUGCGAAAUAUUGGAAAAGUUCAAACACACGCUGUUUGGCGUCGAACAGGAUUCAAUGCUCAAGAAAAUAUACCGAAACGAGGGCAUCGAGCCAUCAAUCAACGAGGGCGGAUCCAGCGCCGAGAACUCAUUUCAAGAAAGCAUUAUCAACUCGAGGAGCUAUUUCUAG